AAUAGAUGCAAACUCCUUUCAUAAAGUUCUUCCACAAUCCUUAGAAUACACCACUCGGGGACCUGCGGCUGAGCCAUGACAAAGAUAUAUUUCUAGUUAAAGCCCACUAUAUCAAAGGUCAAAGACCCGGCUCGCUCAUGCGCAUGCUCAUAAAGUACCAGUAGGUGAGUGUGUGCAGUUCAGUCUCAAAUGAGAGUGAGUGUCAAUACGUACAGAGUCAAAAAUAAUAGAGUAUAACAUUCCGCAUGAUUUGCGCAUGCGCUGUUUCUUGAACUCACAUACAUACGUACGUACACACGUACAUAUAUGCGCGUGCGCUGUUAUUUUGUGCGCAUGAGCAUAGAAAAGGACAUAAAUGUACGACGUCUUCGCGGCUUUAUUCACUCGCCGCUGCUCGCGGGAAAACAAACAAUGAAGUUGGGCUGGGCUUGUAUUUUGCUUACGCUUGCUCAGGCUGGGCUGGGCGACAUUGUAACACCGUGCAGUGAUACGGAUGUUACGGCCCUCAGAGACACACUUCGCCAGUCAGCGUGCAAGCUUGUUCCAGGCCGAGGAAACGACACCCAGACGCAGAUCUUCAGAGAGAGUGUGUAUAAGAAGCAUGGUCAACAAAAUAUUUUGUCUCCAUUCUUCGCUUUUGCAAGCCUCUUCCGACCCAACCCAGCUCUGGUGUGGUGCCGCUCUCCCUGCUCGCUAAAGUCUGCCAACAUCACGUGGUGCAUCAACAUCGCCUAUCUGGACAGGGUUGUGGAGACGUGCGUCAGGCUGGGGGAGGAUGGGCAGAUUGUCACUAACAGCACCUGCGAGGCGGAGCUGGUGGGUGUCCCAAGUGUACUGGACCUUCCCUCAGUUUGUACGUUUGCAGGAGACACUGGGUGUCUUGCCAUGGCCAACCUGGACUGGUUCUAUGAAGGCUCUCUCAUGACCUGCACCGUUGAGUCAGAGACCUGCAGCUCUAAGUCUUUCACAACUCUGCUCACCACAAGUGGCAUUGCUCAGCCACCAGAGUUUGAGCUCUUCCCUUUGUCUCCCUUCAACAUUCUCACCAGCAACCAGGUGGUCCUUCACGUAGAGCUCAGUUCUCCAACGGAAAGGAUCACUGUAAUCUGGCAACAUAGAGACACUCUUCACAACCAAUUCAUCUAUGAAGAUCCUUUUUGUGUCAGUCUACACGAGGAAUGUCAGAAUGACACUCACCCCAGGGCAGCACAGUUGCGGCAGGAGAGGAUCAGAACUUACCGCACCACUCGCGUCGUGGAGUUAGAUGGUUGUCAGAGCAGUUUCUUCUAUCGCCUAGAGACCUACCUCAUAAUUGACAAUGCAACUGCUGAGGACAGUGGUGAAUACAUUUUCAAUUCGACUGUCACCCAUACAGGAUCCGAUCCUAUCACUGUUGCUCGCAGUGUCAAUGUGUCUAUCAGCUGUGAAAACCGCCCUCCUCCGAUCGAGUCAACUGCAGCGCCUCUCUCCAUCCGUGUACAAGGAAACAACAGCUAUUGGGAGUGUACUCUAACUGACCAUCCCGGAGCCAACCUCGUUCUAGUCUUGAACAAGACCACUGUCCUCCAGCCUAGCAAACCAGGCACCACUUGCAGGAACCGCUCUGAAGUGGUCUUCUACGUGGAGCCAACACCAAAGCACACCUGCUACAGCAAGUUCAAGAUGGUGGUGUUUGUCUGCUCAGCCGACUACAGUCUGGUGGGGGAGUACAGUGUGAUGAACAGCAGUGGCCACUGGGCUCCCGGCAGCUCUGUCUUUGUGAAGGUGGUAGAGGGGCAGACUAUCCUAACUAUCCCCAACUCUCAUGCUUCCUCGAGUGGUAAGGGAGAGGAUGAAAAUCAAGUUGUGUACACUGCUGUUCCAGUGUCGAUCUUGGUGGUAUUGGUGGUGGUUGUGCUGGUAGUGCUGCUGGUGGUGCUGCGCAGCCGCAAGAGAACUCGAGACAGGAGGAUCCUCACUAGAGUCCACAGCCCUUCGCUGAAGGAGGUGGCCUUCCUCAAGGAGGACGGCGGCGAGCCAGGACUACACUCACCUAGUUCCCCUGGCAACUGUAACCUUGGUGACCCCCUUGAGUUUCCUCGCAACAGACUCUACGUUUACUCCAAUAAGAUACUUGGGGAGGGCUCCUUUGGGAGAGUGCUCCAGGCCAAGGCACAGGGAAUAGUGCCUGGCAUGCCAGACAGGAAUAUUGUUGCUGUCAAGACAACAAAAGACAAUGCCACUAGUCUGGAGAGAGAAGAGCUGCUGGCAGAGUUGCAGCUGAUGAAGUUCAUGGACCCACACGAGAACAUCCUCAAUCUACUUGGUCACUGCACUACUCCAGGUGGCCCUGUUUGCCUGAUUGUGGAGUAUGCGUCGUACGGGAAUCUGAGAGACUUUCUGCGGCAGUGUGAAGAGGUGGUCCUCUCCCUCAACCACAUGCCACACAUCCCCCGCAACAGGUCUCGAACACGGACCUUCUCUGCCUCCAGCUGCAGCUCCUCUCAGCCACUCAUCUCCAGACAAGACUCAGUGUUCACCCCCAGCAGUGGCCACACCCACUUUGUUUUCCCGUCUUCCCCAACAAGCCAUGUCAGCAGUGGCAGCUGCAGCAGUGACACAGGAGGCAAGAUGACGGCCCACCAUCCCGACGCAGCCGCCAUUCCUCUGGCUCAUUCAGUGGCUCCCAUUGGUCACGACUACCUCAACACAAAGGGUCUGGUGUACAUGGAGGAUGUGCACAACUUUGCUCUCCAGAUUGCCUGUGGGUUGGAGCACCUCGCCAGCAUGCAGAUCGUACACUGUGACUUGGCAGCUCGCAAUGUGCUCAUUGCAGAGGGCUUUGUUCUCAAGAUUGCAGAUUUUGGUCUGGCAAGGGAUAUCAGUGAAAGGGAAAUGUACAAGAAGAACCCAAGAGGCAAAAUUCCAGUCAAAUGGACUGCUCCUGAGGCGCUGGAGAAAAGGAUAUUCACAGUCAAAAGUGACGUGUGGUCCUAUGGAGUUCUGCUGUGGGAACUCUUUACUUACGGCCACACCCCCUACCCGGAAUUCAACCUCGGGACGUCGUACGAGCCGUUCAUUGAGUUCCUGAAGUCUGGGAAUCGCAUGCAGCAGCCUGAGAGUUGUCCACCUACUUUCUAUGACCUGAUGUUGGAGUGCUGGCAUCUGGACCCCAGUCUGCGACCUUCUCCCCACGACAUAGUGGCCCAACUCACUCCCUCUGACUCCAUCUUUGACGACGCUGACUCUGAGGUUCAUGCAGCUCAGAACACCGUCUGCUCAAAGUUGACCUCCAGUAGCAACGGAGGCCACCAGUCAUCCCAGGAAUAA